CUUGCACCACUCAAAUCUUACAUCACUACAUCAGUAAUUGAUGCCCCAAACCUCAGACAUAAGCAAGACAGUAAAAUAGCACCAUCAUGGCUUCUAGUGAAAUACCAGUGAAUGCAGUUAAAGAAUUUUGGGAAAGUAUUUUUCAGAAAACUAAUCUUACUGAACAGUUGAUGAAUUUAGCUGAAAAUAGUAGUUCAUCAAUGGAUUUCAAAUUUGAGCUUUUUGAAUAUGGUAAAGUGCAAAUCACUGCCAAAGCUGCUGUGCCAUUGGGAACUAAUUUCAUGAGUGAUGUGUUCAUUACCAGUGCUUACCUUGAAAAUGGAAAACAUCAUGCAGCAUUUGUAAAGGUUCUACCAUCAAAUCCUUCUAGGUUAGCAGCAGGGUUCAUUGGUGGUUCAUAUCACAGGGAAUAUGUUGUUUAUCAACAAUGGAUUCCAGAGUUAAAAGAAAUCAGAUCCUCCAAGAAUCUGACCAACUCUGAAAUACCACUCAAUGUUGCCGAGUCUUAUUUCGUCAACUUUGUUUUGUCCGAGGAUGGCAGUCGUUUAAAGAACGAAACUGUCUUCGUAAUGGAAGAAUUGAAAAGCAAAGGCUAUCGAAUGGCGUCCACCGCCAGAUCAGCUAAUGGAAUUGAUUUAAAUCAUGCUCAGUGCGCAUUGAGAACGUACGCUAAUUAUCAUGCCUUGAGUAUUGCAAAUAUGCGUAGACUCGUGAAAAGCGAUGGGCCGUCUAAUUUUCCUUUGACAUAUGAAAUUUUCCGGAAGGAUCCUAAUUACAUAAGUCCAGCAACUGUUUAUCGUACUAUAGUAUUGCCGAACUACAUAAAGGUCUUGCGCCAUUUUCGUCAGGAAGAGGUGGCGGAUUGGCUUGAGGGACUGUUGCCUGAACUGGAUAGAAUAUGGAAUUGGGAAUCAUUUUUAGAGAGUGGCGCUUUGACUUGUCUUUUACACGGCGAUUCAUGGAAUAACAAUCUUCUCUUUCGUUAUCUCGACGAAACUAGCGAAAAGCCGGAAGAAAUGUUGCUUAUAGACUGGCAAAUUGCGCGUUGCGGACAUCCCUCUCAUGAUCUUGGAUACUUCAUUUUUUCCAGUACAUCAUCGUCUUUCCGAAAACAACAUUUAGAUAAUCUGCUUGACGAAUAUUAUGCUGCCCUUUCCAGUGCUCUAGUCAAACUAGACAUUGACCUGGAAAGUGAAGGUUAUAGUCAGAAACAAUUCAUUCAAGAAACCAAGCAACGCUAUAUUCUGAUGAUGAUGAUUGCCCUCUUCAUUUUACCCAUCCUACUCGACUCCUCCAAAGCAAUAGAUCAUACCUUAAAAAACGAUGACAAUCUUCAUAAAGAUCUCAUUAAGGAAUUGGAAAAAGAUCAAGCAAAAGAGUUGGAUGAAGAAGGAACCAAAAGCGGUUGGCAAAGUCUGUUUGAAUUCGAUACAGUAAUUGGAAAUCCACUUCUCAGCCAAAGAAUAGUGGAAUUAAUAACGGACGUAAAGGAUAUGGCUUGGAAAGAAUAAGACUGGGCAAGUAGCCCGUGCGAUUCCUCAACUUGACGAUCCGUUUAAAAUUAAAACGCAGAUGCAUAAUGUAUUCUAAUGUGAUUGUUAUCCAAUAUCCAAUGAAAUACAAUAGAAUUUAUCAAUCGU